GGUGUCCGUGCGGUCGCAGCACAGCGCCAGACAAGGGCACGGACACCCCGCACGGCUCUCUUCUGAGCUCUCCGCUUCAGGAGGCCGGCGUCGUGACAGUGAGCGCAUACAGCCAGAGCACCGACAGCCCGCUCCGCCGCUGUUCCGGCCAUUCCUCCGAGCCCACUUUCUCUCUUCCACACAUAUUCUAAUGAUGUCAUACACGCCCUCCUCCUUCUACACAUAUAAAUAGCCUUUGCUCCUUCCUCUCGUCCUCAGACACCCCGUCUUCCACACCCCUACCCAACAAGACACAAGCGAUGGAUCCCACUAACAAGCCCAAAGGCCCCUCUCCCCACUUCUCCCUCUAUCAGCGCGAGAUAUUCCGCAGGGGUGGCGAGACAGGACAGCUCCCGCACUUCUCCGUCCACCCCGAGGAGCUGCAGGAGUCUACGAAAGCCAAACUCAAUGACCGGUCCUACUUCUAUGCCAACUCCAAUGCUGGCCUCGGCUGGACAGACCGUGCUAAUCGCGAGGCCUUCUAUCGCUGGCGCAUCAUCCCUCGCACCCUCGUCGACACCAAUGUGCGCGACAUGACCACGACUCUCUUCGGCCACAAGAUCCCUGCUCCCAUCCUCUUUGCUCCCAUCGGCAUCAACAAGCUGUACCACCCGCUCGGUGAGCUCGUGCCUGCCAAAAUUGCUGGCGAGCUCGGCAUCCCUUAUUGCCUGUCAACGGCCGGCUCACAGCCCAUCGAGGACGUCGCGCGUGCAAACGACGCGGGUGCGGCGAUCAAAAACGAGAGCAACUCGGUGCACGAGUACAGUGGCCCCAACGGCGGCAACGCACAGGGCCCGCGGUUCUACCAGCUCUAUAUGGGGCACGAUGACGAGAUCACUAUUUCUCUCCUAGAGCGCGCAUGGAAGUCCGGCUUCGACGUCAUGAUGCUCACGACCGACACCUGGCAGCUCGGGUGGCGCCCAACAGACAUCAAUAUCGCAAACUAUGUAUUCUACUAUCCGAAUGCGGUGGGCAACGAGAUCGGGGCAUCGGAUCCGGUGUUCAUGAAAAAGUAUGGCGAGGAGCUGAAGAAGGAUUCUGGAAAGUGGAUCGACAGCAGCGUGUGGCACGGCAAAGCACAUACGUGGGAGAAGAUCGACUGGCUCGUCAAGCAGUGGAAGCGCAUCUCGGGUGGGCGGCCGUUCGUGAUAAAGGGCAUCCAGAAUGCUGAGGAUGCGGUGCUGGCGUACGAGCACGGAUGCGAGGGCAUCGUGGUGACGAACCACGCGGGGCGGCAGGUGGACGGGGCGAUCGCGAGCCUGGACGCGCUGCCGGAGAUCGUGGAGGCGGUGGGCGACAAGCUGACGAUCAUCUAUGACUCGGGCGUGCGGACGGGCGCGGACGUGUUCAAGGCGCUCGCACUCGGGGCGCAUGCAGUGGCGGUGGGGCGGCUGUACGUGUGGGGGAUGUCACACGAGGGCGAGGCUGGCUGCCGGCAUGUGAUGAGGAGUCUUCUUGCGGAUCUGGACAUCCUGAUGACGGUUGCGGGGUAUGCGAGCAUCGAGAAGGACGUGAUCGGUAACAAGAAGGCUGUGAAGUACAACCCGAGCGGAACGCCGCCCGGCCCAGGCGAGCAUGCGCACCUGUGAAGCACGAUGGACGAGUUUGUGCUACAUUGGCUUGCUGCUGGAGUCGGCUGUCAGUCAACUGCCUAUUCGCUGGCGCCCCGGUAAAAUGCAAUAGACUGUAGAUUGUGCAUAUGCCGAUGAUAUUAAGAUGAAAGUGCCAUUCAGGAGAAUCAGCCUUCAA